UGCGAGAAGCAGAAAGAAGUGCAGGAAGGAGAAAAUAUUAUCUUAUUCUUUUUUCUUUUUCUUUUUUUCCUUUCUUGUGGCGUCGCUUUGCUUCCAAAACGUCCAUGUUGCCGCGCGCGAAUCGGGACUGAAACUCCCGCGGCGUCCUGCGAUCGUCCUCCGCGUUCCCCCCGCCCUGUGCUCCCCGCGGCGUCAUGAACUUGGAGCGGAUCUCCGAGCUUCCUCCGCCGCCUCCCGCGCCUCCUCGCCGGGACGCCAAGUUCCACCUGCAGCCCCGGAGCUCCGACGCCACCAGCAGGACUUUGGACAAUUCCAGCUGCGAAUCUUCCGACGCUGAACUUGCAGAGAAGGAGCGCGCCGAGCAGCGCAGGAGCGAGGAGGUGAGCGCGGAAGACCCGAAAAAGAAGAAGCAGCGGCGGCAGAGGACUCACUUCACCAGCCAGCAGCUCCAGGAACUGGAGAACACCUUCCAGAGGAACCGCUACCCCGACAUGAGCACCCGGGAGGAGAUCGCCGUGUGGACCAAUCUCACCGAGGCCAGAGUCCGGGUGUGGUUCAAGAACCGGCGAGCCAAGUGGCGGAAGCGGGAGCGGAACCAGCAGAUGGACUUGUGCAAGAACAGCUACCUGCCGCAGUUCGGGGGCCUGAUGCAGCCGUACGAAGACAUGUACCCGGCCUACACCUACAACAACUGGACCAACAAAGGCCUGGCCCCGGCCCCGCUCUCCACCAAGAACUUCCCCUUCUUCAACUCCAUGAGCCCGCUGACUUCCCAGUCCAUGUCCAUGUUCUCCUCCUCGCCCGCCUCCAUCUCCUCCAUGAGCAUGGCGGCGUCCGGCAUGGCCCACUCGGCGGUCCCGGCCAUGGCGGCCCCGGGCCUCAACAACAUCGGCAACCUGAACGGGAUCGCCGGCUCCGGUAUCAACUCGGCCAUGUCGUCUACGGCGUGUCACUACGGACCUCCGGGCUCCCCGUACGGCGUGUACCGGGACACUUGCAACCCAGGCCUGGCCACCCUCAGACUCAAGUCCAAGCAGCACCCAACCUUCGGCUACGGCGGCCUGCAGAGUCCGGGAUCCGGUCUCAACGCCUGCCAGUACAACAGCUGACCCCUCGCGGAACCGGAACACACUUGAACGGGACCGGACCCACUCUGUCAGGUUCUGGGUCUUCUUUUACCCCGCCCUCCGGUGGAUUUGGUUUUUGGUUUCUCGAGAUCGGAUCAUGCGGGUCUUCGUGGGACUGCCUUGUACAAACUUGUAAAUAUACGUGUAGGACUGUACCCGGGGACAAGUCUCACCCUCGAAAAACUGGUAGCUCAGUUGCCACAGUUUUACCGGAAUAUACACGUAGGACUGUACCCGGGGCCAAGUCUCACCCUAAAAAAUCUGGUAGCUCAGUCACCACAGUUUUACCGGAAUAUACGCAUAGGACAAGUCUCGCCCUCGAAAAACUGGUAGCUUGGUCACCACAGUUUUACCAGAUUGUACGCGUAGGACUGUACCCGGGGACAAGUCUCACCUUCAAAAAACUGGUAGCUCAGUUGCCACAGUUUUACCGGAAUAUACACGUAGGACUGUACCCGGGGCCAAGUCUCACCCUCAAAAAUCUGGUAGCUCAGUCACCACAGUUUUACCGGAAUAUACGCAUAGGACAAGUCUCGCCCUCGAAAAACUGGUAGCUUGGUCACCACAGUUUUACCAGAUUGUACGCGUAGGACUGUACCCGGGGACAAGUCUCACCCUCGAAAAACUGGUAGCUCGGUCACCAGUUUUAGCGGAAUAUAUGCUUAGGUCUGUACCCGGGGACAAGUCUCACCUUCAAAAAACUGGUAGCUCUGUCACCACAGUUUUACCGGAAUAUAUGCGUAGGACUGUACCCGGGGACAAAUCUCACCCUCUAAAAACUGGUAGCUCGGUCACCACAGUUUUACCGGAAUAUACGCGUAGGACUGUACCCGAGGACAAAUCUCACCCUCUAAAAACUGGUAGCUCGGUCACCCGUUUGAGCGGAAUAUAUGCUUAGGUCUGUACCCGGGGACAAGUCUCACCUUCAAAAAACUGGUAGUUCGGUCACCACAGUUUUACCGGAAUAUACGCGUAGGACUGUACCCGAGGACAAAUCUCACCUUCAAAAAACUGGUAGCUCUGUCACCACAGUUUUACCGGAAUAUACGCGUAGGACUGUACCCGAGGACAAAUCUCACCUUCAAAAAACUGGUAGCUCUGUCACCACAGUUUUACCGGAAUAUAUGUGUAGGACUGUACCCGGAGACAAGUCUCACCCUCAAAAAACUGUUAGCUCAGUCAUCACAGUUUUACCGGAAUAUACGUGUAGGACUGUACCCGGGGACAAGUCUUACCCUCAAAAAACUGGUAGCUCAGUUGCCACAGUUUUACCGGAAUAUACGCGUAGGACUGUACCCGGGGACAAAUCUCACCCUCAAAAAACUGCUAGCUCGGUCACCACAGUUUUACCGGAAUAUACGCGUAGGACUGUACCCGGGGACAAAUCUCACCCUCUAAAAACUGGUAGCUCGGUCACCACAGUUUUACCGGAAUAUACGCGUAGGACUGUACCCGGGGACAAAUCUCACCCUCUAAAAACUGGUGGCUCGGUCACCACAGUUUUACCGGAAUAUACGCAUAGGACAAGUCUCGCCCUCGAAAAACUGGUAGCUUGGUCACCACAGUUUUACCAGAUUGUACGCGUAGGACUGUACCCGGGGACAAGUCUCACCCUCGAAAAACUGGUAGCUCGGUCACCAGUUUUAGCGGAAUAUAUGCUUAGGUCUGUACCCGGGGACAAGUCUCACCCUCGAAAAACUGGUAGCUCGGUCACCAGUUUUAGCGGAAUAUAUGCUUAGGUCUGUACCCGGGGACAAGUCUCACCUUCAAAAAACUGGUAGCUGUGUCACCACAGUUUUACCGGAAUAUAUGCGUAGGACUGUACCCGGAGACAAGUCUCACCCUCAAAAAACUGGUAGCUCAGUUGCCACAGUUUUACCGGAAUAUACGUGUAGGACUGUACCCGGGGACAAGUCUCACCCUCAAAAAUCUGGUAGCUCAGUCACCACAGUUUUACCGGAAUAUACGCAUAGGACAAGUCUCGCCCUCGAAAAACUGGUAGCUUGGUCACCACAGUUUUACCAGAUUGUACGCGUAGGACUGUACCCGGGGACAAGUCUCAAACUCGAAAAACUGGUAGCUCGGUCACCAGUUUUAGCGGAAUAUAUGCUUAGGUCUGUACCCGGGGACAAGUCUCACCUUCAAAAAACUGGUAGCUCUGUCACCACAGUUUUACCGGAAUAUAUGCGUAGGACUGUACCCGGGGACAAAUCUCACCCUCUAAAAACUGGUAGCUCGGUCACCACAGUUUUACCGGAAUAUAUGCGUAGGACUGUACCCGGGGACAAAUCUCACCCUCUAAAAACUGGUAGCUCGGUCACCACAGUUUUACCAGAUUGUACGCGUAGGACUGUACCCGGGGACAAGUCUCACCCUCAAAAAUCUGGUAGCUCAGUCAUCACAGUUUUACCGGAAUAUACGUGUAGGACUGUACCCGGGGACAAGUCUUACCCUCAAAAAACUGGUAGCUCAGUUGCCACAGUUUUACCGGAAUAUACGCGUAGGACUGUACCCGGGGACAAAUCUCACCCUCGAAAAACUGGUAGCUCGGUCACCACAGUUUUAGGAGGGUCUGGGGAACCACUUUAACCACAUGUUCAAUUCAUUCUAAAAAACACUCAACAAUGUCAAAUAAACCUAACAUGAAGGUGGAAUAUGAAAGCAAACAGACGUCAUGUAUUGAGAAAAAGCAAAGCUAACACAAAGCUAACGCAUAUAGGCUAAUAUUUUCUUUCGAAAAACCACAAAUCAAUGUUUACUUAUAUAGCCCUAAAUCACUCUAUUUAUUGUAUCGUUUUUGGAAGUUAAAAAUGUCAAAAUGGUCAAAAUAUUAAUGUGCGACCCUUAGUGGAAAAAUUUUGGACAUAUUUACACAAAAUUAAAGAAAAACUUUAUCGCUGUUAUUUUUACAGUAAAAGUUUGACGAUUGAGCUGCGUGGUAUUUGACUGUAAAAUAUACGGCAGUUGUUUUUACAGUAAAUAGAAAAAUGGUACCGCACUUAUUAUUACGUCAACUGAGCUGUCAGUUUUUUCGUACUGUAAAAUCUACGGCCGUUUUUACAGUGCAUAUCUGGAAACAGAAAAAUGGGACCAGUGUUAUUUUUACAGUAAAAGUCAGUUUUUACCGCAAAUUCUACGUUUUUUCAGUGCGAUGUAAAAAGACAAUUUUAUAGUAGAAAAAACACUGAAUUUUCCUGUAAAAAAUAACACUGGUGCCAUUUUUAAUGCAUCGUAAAUACAACCAUAGAUUUUACAAUAAGAAAAAAAGCCCAGUCAGCACAUUUUUACUGUAAAAAUACCAUUUUUUUAAUUUAGUUUACUGUGAAUAGAAACAAGUUACUAAUGUUAUUUUUACGGUAAAAUUCUGGCUACUGAGCUACUAGUUUUUUUUUUACUAAUAAAUGUUUGUUAUAAAGUGCAUUACUGUAAAUAGAAAAAUGGUACCAUUGGUAAUUUUACACCAAAAUUCUGUCAACUGAGCUGUCAGUUUUUUAUACUGUAAAAUCAACGGCCGAUUUUACGAUAAAAAAAACCCCUCAGUCAGCACAUUUUUUACUGCAAAAAUACUGUUUUUAAAUUUAGUUUACCGUAAAUGGAAGAAAGUUACCAUUUUUUUAUUAUUAUGCCAAAACUCAACUGAGCUGUUAGUUUUUUAUACCGUAAAAUCAGAGGCCGUUUUUACAGUGCAUUUCGGGAAAUAAAAAAAUACAACCAGUGUUAUUUUUACAGUAAAAGUCUGGUGACUGAGUUGACAGUUUUGGGGUUUUUUCCACCGCAAAAUUAAAGUUUUUUUCAGUGCACUGUAAAAAAGUAGAAAAAAAUGAAUUUUACUGUAAAAAAUAACACUGUUACCAUUUUUAAAUGUUCUAUGCAUUGUAAUACAACUGUAGAUUUUACAGUAAAAAAAACAACAACCUGGAAACUCAGUCGGUACAUUUUUUACUGCAAAAAUACCGUUUUUUAAAUUUAGUUUACUGUAAAUGGAAAAAAUUUACCAGUGUUAUUUUUAUGGUAACAUUCUGGCAACUGAGCUGGUAGUUUUUUUUCCACUAUUAAAUGUUUGUUUUACAGUGCAUUACUGUAAAUAGAAAAAUGGUACCAUUGGUAAUUUUACACCAAAAUUCUCUCAACUGAGCUGUCAGUUUUUUAAACUGUAAAAUCUACGGUCGUUUUUACAGUGCAUUUCGGGAAAUAAAAAAAUGGGACCGGUGUUAUUUUUACUGUAAAAGUCUGGCGGCGGAGUUGACAGUUUUGGUGUUUUUCCACCGCAAAAUGUACGUUUUUUCCGAGCACUGUAAAAAAGUAGAAAAAAUGUAUUUUACACAAAAAAAUAUAUAAUUCACUAAUUCACAAUUUUACUGGAAAAAAAUAACACUGUUACCAUUUUUAAAUGUUCUAUGCAUUGUAAUACAACUGUAGAUUUUACGGUAAAAAAACAACAACCUGGAAACUCAGUCGGCACAUUUUUACUGCGAAAAUACAGUUUUUCAAAUUUAGUUUACUGUAAAUGGAAUAAAGUUACCAGUGUUAUUUUCAUGGUAAAAUUCUGGCAACUGAGCUACUAGUUUUUUCCACUAUUAAAUGUUUGUUUUUACAGUGUAUUUCUGUAAAUAGAAAAAUGGUACCAUUGGUAAUUUUACACCAAAAUUCUGUCAACUGAGUUGUCAGUUUUUUAUACUGUAAAAUCAACGGCCGUUUUUACAGUGCAUUUCGGGAAAUAAAAAAAUACAACCAGUGUUAUUUUUACAGUAAAAGUCUAGCGACGGAGUUGACAGUUUUGGUGUUUUUUUGUCCUGCAAAAUCUAUGGUUUAUCAGUGCACUGUAAGAAAAGUAGACAAAAAUGAAUUUUACUGCAAAAAUAACAGCGAUACGUUUUUUUUAUUUUUUAUUUAGUUUACUGUAAAUGGAAUAAAGUUACCAGUGUAAAAUUCUGGCAACUGAGCUACUAGUUUUGUCCGCUAUUAAAUGUUUGUUUUCACAGUGCAUUACUGUAAAUAGAAAAAUGGUACCGUUGGUAAUUUUACACCCAAAUUCUGUCAACUGAGCUGUCAGUUUUUUAAACUGUAAAAUCUAAGGCCGUUUUUACAGUGCAUUUCCGGAAACAGAAAAAUGGGACCAGUGUUAUUUUUACAGGAAAAGUCUGGCGACGGAGUUGACAGUUUUGGUGUUUUUCCACCGCAAAAUUUACGUUUUUUCAGAGCAGUGUAAAAAAGUAGAAAAAAAAUGAAUUUUUACAAAAAAAUAUGUAAUUCACUAAUUCACAAUUUUACUGUAAAAAAUAACACUGUUACCAUUUUUAAAUGUUAUAUGCAUUUUAAUACAACUGUGGAUUUUACGGUAAAAAACAACAACCUGGAAACUCAGUCAGCACAUUUUUACUGCGAAAAUACCGUUUUUCAAAUUUAGUUUACUGUAAAUGGAAGAAAGUUACUAAUGUUAUUUUCAUGGUACAAUUCUGGCAACUGAGCUACUAGUUUUUCCCACUAUUAAAUGUUUGUUUUUACAGUGUAUUACUGUAAUAGAAAAUGAUACCGUGGUUACUAUUACGCCAAAAUUCCGUCAACUGAGCUGUCAGUUUUUUAUACUGUAAAAUCCACAGCCGUUUUUACAGUGCAUUUCCGGAAAUAAAAAAAUGGAACCAGUGUUAUUUUUACAGUAAAAGUCUGGCGACUGAGUUGACAGUUUUGGGGUUUUUUGUCCUGCAAAAUCUAUGGUUUAUCAGAGCACUAUAAAAAAGUUGACAAAAAUGAAUUUUACUGCAAAAAUAACAGCGAUACGUUUUUGUUUUUUAAAUUUAGUUUACUGUAAAUGGAAUAAAGUUACCAGUGUUAUUUUCAUGGUAAAAUUCUGGCAACGGAGCUAUUAGUUUUUUCCACUAUUAAAUGUUUGUUUUUACAGUGCAUUACUGUAAAUAGAAAAAUGGUACCGUUGGUAAUUUUACACCAAAAUUCUGUCAACUGAGCUGUUAGUUUUUUAUACUGUAAAAUCUACGGUCGUUUUUACAGUGCAUUUCGGGAAAUAAAAAAAUGGAACCAGUGUUAUUUUUACAGUAAAAGUCUGGCGACUAAGUUGACAGUUUGGUGUUUUUUUUACCGCAAAUCUACGGUUUUUCAAAGCACUGUAAAAAUACAAUUUAACAGUAGAAAAAACUGAAUUUUACCGUAAAGAAUAACACUGGUACAAUUUUUAAAUUUUCUAUGUAUUGUGAUAAAACCGUAGAUUUUACGGUUAAAAAAAACAACAAACUUGGAAGAUUAGUCAGCACAUUUUUACUGCAAAAAUACAGUUUUUUUUAAUUUCGUUUAUUGUAAAUGGAAGAAAGUUACCAGUGUUAUUUUUAUGGUAAAAUUUUCCACUAUUAAAUGUUUGUUUUUACUGUGUAUUACUGUAAAUAUUAAAAAGGGUACCAUUGGUAAUUUUACACCUAAAUUCUGGCGACCGAGCUUAAAAUCUACACGUGCUUUUACAGUGCAUUAUGGUAAAUACAAAAAAAAAGUACCAGUGUUUUUUUUUAAAAGUAAGAUUCUGGCGACAAAGCUGCCAGUUUUUACUACCGUAAAAUGGUUGUUUUACAGUGCAUUACUGUAAAUAGAAAAAUGGUACCGGUGUUAUUUUUGCAGUAAAAAUCUGGCGACUGAGCUGCCAAUUUUUUUUUUUACCGUAAAAAUUUUGUGUAGGAUUUACAGAAGAAAAAGUCUUUUUCUGCUUCAAAACAGCUGAAGAAAAAAAAAAGCCCAGCAUAUUCUGUACAUAAUGUAUACUGCUUGUGUGUGCUAAUAAUGUACAUGUAUGUGCUUUUAUUGGUCAUUAUUUCUUUGGGAACUUUAAGCAGCCGGCGGGAAGGAAAUGUUCAAAGUGUAAAAAAAAAAAAAAAGAAAAAGUUUUGUUUUAGUGCAAGAAGGAAUCCUGCACCAGUCCGCUAGAACUUGUAUGAAAAAAUAUGUGUUUUUUUUGUGGUGUUUUGCUGGAGUAAAGUGCAACAAAAGAGAAUGUUUACGUCAACGUGUUGCACCAAAAAAAUAAAUAAAAAAAACACUUGAGUUGAACAUAA